AUGCUAGAACAGGCCAUUCUGCCAAAACUCUUCCUGGUCGCCUUCGCCGUGAUCGCAGCCGUGGCUGCCGAUGUCAGCCACCUGCCCUCCAACGAGUACCUGCCUCCCGUCCAGGAGCAGCAGAUCAUCGCCGGCCCCAGCAACGAGUACCUGCCCCCCGUCGCCCAGGAGGUGGAGGCUGCCCCCGCCCAUGAGCUGGCCGACGAUGGCUACCGCUACAAGACCCACCGUCGCGUGGUGCUCCGUCGCCACCGUCGCGAUGUGAACGAGCUGCCCUCCAACGAGUACCUGCCCCCAGUUGCUCCUUCCAACGAGUACUUGGCUCCCGUUGAGGCUGCUCCCGAGACCAUCUUGGCCGAUGAUGGCUACCGUUACAAGACCCACAAGCGUGUGGUGCUCCGCCGUCACCGUCGUGACGUCAACGAGCUGUCCAACGAGUACCUGCCCCCCGUCCAGGAGGCCGUUGCUCCUUCCAACGAGUACCUGGCUCCCGUCGAGGCUCCCGAGACCGUCUUGGCCGAUGAUGGCUACCGUUACAAGACCCACAAGCGCGUGGUUGUCCGCCGUCACCGUCGUGAUGUGAACGAGCUGUCCAACGAGUACCUGCCCCCUGUCCAGGCUGCCGCUCCUUCCAACGAGUACCUGCCCCCAGUGCAGGUUGAGGCUGCUCCCGAGACCGUUCUCGCUGAUGAUGGCUACCGUUACAAGACCCACAAGCGUGUUGUGCUCCGUCGUCACCGUCGUGAUGUCAACGAGCUGCCUUCCAACGAGUACCUGCCCCCAGUUGCUCCUUCCAACGAGUACUUGGCUCCCGUUGAGGCUGCCCCCGAGACCAUCUUGGCCGAUGAUGGCUACCGUUACAAGACCAACAAGCGCGUGGUCCUCCGCCGUCACCGUCGUGAUGUGAGCCACCUGCCCUCCAACGAGUACUUGCCCCCUGUCCAGGCUGCCGCUCCCUCCAACGAGUACCUGCCCCCAGUGUCUGCCCCCCUGGCCGAUGAUGGCUACCGUUACAAGACCCACCGUCGCGUGGUCUACCGUCGCCACCGCCGUGAUGUGAGCGAGUUGCCCUCCAACGAGUACCUGCCCCCAGUUGCUCCUUCCAACGAGUACUUGGCUCCCGUUGAGGCUGCUCCCGAGACCAUCUUGGCCGAUGAUGGCUACCGUUACAAGACCCACAAGCGCGUGGUUGUCCGUCGCCACCGUCGUGACGUCAACGAGCUGUCCAACGAGUACCUGCCCCCCGUCCAGGAGGCCGUUGCUCCUUCCAACGAGUACCUGGCUCCCGUCGAGGCUCCCGAGACCGUCUUGGCCGAUGAUGGCUACCGUUACAAGACCCACCGUCGCGUGGUUGUCCGUCGCCACCGUCGUGAUGUGAACGAGCUCUCCAACGAGUACCUGCCCCCCGUCCAGGAGGCUGUUGCUCCAUCCAACGAGUACUUGGCCCCCGUGGAGAACACCGUCGAGGUGGCCCCCGCCCAUGUCCUGGCUGACGAUGGCUACCGCUACAAGACCCACAAGCGCGUUGUGAUCCGCCGCCACUAA